AUGGCUCCACUCCUCCUCCCCCUCCGCCUCAGCCCCGUCCCCGCCGGGAGCUCCACCUCCCGGAUCGCACCGAGGCCACGUUGCGGCGGGGCUCUACCCGGCCCCUACGUUGCGGCCGGCGCCUCCGUGGACGUCGCGCGGCCCGAGGCGUUCCGGUGGUUCGUGGCGCUGGCGCCGGGGUCCUACACCACCACGCUCGGCUUCAUCAUGCUCGCCAUGGGCCUCACGCUCCAGCUCAGGGACUUCGACGCCCUCCUCCGCGACAGGCCCCUCGCCAUUUUGUUCGGGUGUGCCGCGCAGUACACCAUAAUGCCUGCGUUUGGCGCGAUCGUUAGCCACGCGCUGGGGCUUCCCCCGCUCCUCUCAGCUGGACUCAUCCUGCUGGGAUGCUGUCCUGGAGGAACUGCAUCCAACGUGGUGACUUUAGUUGCUCAAGGUGAUGUUCCAUUAUCCAUCGUGAUGACUGUCUGCAGUACUCUUGCUGCAGUGUUCCUUACUCCUCUGUUAACGAAAAUUCUUGCCGGUGCUUAUAUUCCUGUGGAUGCUGUGAAGCUCUCUCUCAGUACUUUGCAGGUGGUGGUUGCCCCAAUUCUAUUAGGUUCAUCGAUACAAACUGCAUUCCCAUCAGUAGUUCAAUUCGUGACUCCUUUUGCACCUCUGAUUGCAGUCUUGGCUUCAUCCCUUCUGGCAUGCAGUGUCUUCUCUGAGAACUUUGUGCGCCUAAGAUCGACAAUUGCUGAUGCAUCCUCUGUGAAUGGAAACUUCUUCUCUGAGGAUAUCAGGGUUGUCAUGCUCUCUGUCUUCUUGCUGCAUUUUUCUGGUUUCUUUGUCGGGUAUGCAGCAGCAGCUAUAGGUGGUUUCAAAGAAAAACAAAGGAGAGCAAUAUCUAUUGAGGUAGGAAUGCAAAACUCAUCCUUAGGGGUCGUUUUAGCAACUGCACAUUUCUCCUCACCCUUGGUCGCCCUGCCUCCUGCACUCUCAGCUGUUGUCAUGAACAUGAUGGGUAGCACACUAGGUCUCAUAUGGCAAUCUAUCAGCCCUUCUGUUUCAGAGAACAAAACCACUGACAUAACCAAUGCAUGA